AGGUUCAUCAUGACGAGCAGAAAGAAAGAGGUCCUCUUUUCUUGCUGAUGCAGAGUCGGAUAUAAACUCUCAUAAGUACAGCCCCGAAAAAAAAAAUGGAGUGCUUAAGCUCACAAAUAAACCAAAGCCAAGACUUCCUAUGAGUACUAGUGUUCCCCAACUAAAGAGCUUCAUUGAGGCCUUACUGUAUAAUGCUUCUACCGAAUUGGUGAAUAAUAUGGAAAAUACUAAGUGUCUGGCAGAGCACAAAGCUGAAUGUAGGUUUGUGAAGGGAAUCUUUUUAGUUAUGGCUAACAUGGUUAACAAAUUGCCUUCGAUGACACAUUCUAAGGCGACCUUUAAUUACAAGGUGCUUCACCCUUGCUUCGAAGCUACUGUUAACCUUCUUUGCCAUACGUUUCAUCCUAGACCUUACUACGUUCCCGACGAAGAGCCUCUCGAGGCGAUGAUCCAACAGCUGGUCCCAAUAGGCUCAAAAAUUGAUCGCAGGAAAGUAUAUAAUGCUGAUGGUAUAAUUCGGCUACGCGAGUUUUAUGAUAUUGAAGGUUCUCUUGCUGGAGACGGCAGGCCACUUCCAGAAUAA